CCACACCCUGACUUAGACGUCAGUCUCUCUGCAUAUUUUCUACUCUCCAUGACCACCUUCAGAAACUACAGAGAAAAAGUUGGGUUUCGAAUGAGAAAAAACUCUCCAUCUGAAGGACUGAUUUGAAAAUUUUUCAAUAUGGGUAGACCGCCUUGCUGUGAUAAAAUUGGUGUGAAGAAAGGGCCAUGGACUCCAGAAGAAGAUAUCAUCUUGGUUACUUACAUUCAAGAACAUGGACCUGGGAAUUGGAGGGCAGUUCCUUCUAACACUGGUUUGCUUAGAUGCAGUAAGAGUUGCAGGCUGAGAUGGACUAAUUACCUCCGGCCGGGGAUCAAGCGGGGUAACUUCACUGAACAUGAGGAGAAGAUGAUUAUCCACCUCCAAGAUCUUCUUGGAAAUCGAUGGGCUGCCAUAGCUUCUUAUCUUCCCGAGAGAACUGACAAUGAUAUUAAGAAUUACUGGAACACUCACUUGAAAAAGAAACUCAAAAAGCUUCAACAAGGUGACGAUGCCAAUAACCAAGAAAGGCACUCAGUUUCUGAAUCAAUCUCUAAAGGACAGUGGGAGAGGAGGCUUCAAACUGAUAUUCAUAUGGCAAAACAAGCUUUGUGUGAGGCUCUAUCCCUUGAUAAAUCCAACAAUAAUUUGUCCGACUCAGAGCCUUCCCCAAUCCAAACGUCUACAUAUGCAUCCAGUACAGAAAAUAUUGCUCGUUUACUCAAAGACUGGAUGAAAAAAUCGCCCAAGUCAUCUCAAGCAGGAUCAGGAAGUACUCAAUAUUCCUUCAACAACCCUUCAGUUGGAACCAGUUCCAGUCCUAGUGAAGGAACACUGAGUGCAACAACACCAGAGGGAUUUGAUUCGCUGUUUAGCCUCAAUUCUGAUGAGUCCGAUGAGGCUGCUGCGAAUUUCAUAUCUAAAAAUGGGGUUUUCCAGGAUGAAAAUCAGCCAAACUUGAACAAUCAAAUGCCUCUUACUUUGCUGGAGAAAUGGCUUUUUGAUGAGUAGCUACUCAAGGAGAGGGAGAAUAGUGGACAUGCUCUUGGGAGAAACUUUUAACUUGUUCUGAAGAAAAAAUCUUCUUCGAAACAACUUAGCAGUUUUACUAAUAUUUUCACUUUUCACCAUGAAAGCCUAAGCACA